AUGUCAUAUUCACAAUAUGCUCACCCUGGAUUUAUGGUCACUACAGAGAGUCACAAUACUGGAGGCCCCCUUACUACGCUGGGUGAUAACAUCCCGCAUCAGUUGUUAUCACCAGCCCCAUCCGCUUCAUUCUCUUCAAUCGAUAUACGCGACUCUCCCAUCUCGGACGAGCUGGAUGUUACGGAGUUUUAUCAAUAUAACAAAGAAAAAUACGAGAGUGCAAAAGCUGGAACUCGUAGACGACGGAAGGGGGGACGUGAUGAGGGAGAUACGGCGUCUUCUUUGGAUGGAGAUGACGGAGACGAAUCAAAUAGGUAUGCCCUAGCAUACAUGCAGAUAUUUGAUAAGAAUGCUUGUGGGAUUAUAACUUGGUUUCGUCGACGUAUUCACAUCCAAUCCGAACAAAAACGACGCGCCGAGAUCAAAGACGGGUUUGAGGAACUCCGUAGACAGCUUCCGUAUGGUAUCCACGGUCGGAAAAUGAGCAAGGCUGUCGUACUGCAGAAAAGUGGGUGUCUGUUUCCUAAUGAUGAAUCAAGAGAGGUGUGA